CGUUGUUUAAAAUAAAAGUUAAAAUUGUAGAGUGUUUCGGGUCACAAUAUUUCCGUUAACAAAGCAAAAACGGUCAUUUUCGACAUGUGGAGCGUUGUGCUUAUUUUCGUUAGGUGGCGCAAUUCCUCUACAGUAGACUUCCUUGAGUCGCAAGGCGGUGAACCUAUUAAAGUCGUUUUCAUAGACUAUUGUCAGAAUUGUAACAUUAGUUUUGUAAUUGUGCGUCGACGCUCGUGUAUGUAUGUUUAAUUUCCAAAAUUGAUCACGUAGUGAUUGUUGCCUUACUUUCGUAGAUGAACAUAAUAAAUAGGAACUAAAUGGCGCGCUUUAUGGGGGCCAAUGUAACCCCCCCCCCCCCCGUGGGCUGUUCCAGAUACAUUCGCAUCAGGUGACGACUGUCCACUUAAGCAGUAGUGUUAUCACUUCACAUCCAGGGGUUUCCUUCCCAGUGAAUCAAGGGCUUUGCCAUCCUUCACGCUGAAAAAAGAAGACUAGUUCCCACGCACACACAGAAAGAGAAAGAGAGAAACCCUGGCUUCCGGUGACAGGCACCAUGCGCAUUGACUGACUCCCCAAGACCUGCACAUUGUCAUCCAGUCCGCAACGGAGACGCGUAGAAGCCUGGCAGCAAUCCUCAGAAUGUGUUAGUGGUGCCAUGACUGAGACUGUGAUGAGCAGCAGCUCAGAUCGCUGGGUGUCCAACGACAGGCAGGGAACCAUGCACGCUAGUGAUAAAGAGCAGGGCAACUGGACCAUGCAGCCAAGCCCUGGUCCUGGCUCCACUGCUCCAGAGCUGACAGAUGAAGAAAAAGAAAUUAUAAACAAUGUGAUCGCCCGUGCUGAGAAAAUGGAGGUCAUGGAGCAGGAGAGGAUUGGGCGCUUAAUAAACCGCUUGGAUGACAUGAAGAAGACUGUGUGUGGGGAUGGACUCUCCCGCUGUGUGCUUUGCGGGGAGCAGCUGGGCACACCUGGAGUCAGCUCAGUGGUGUGUGAGGACUGCAAAAAGAACAUGUGUACUAAGUGUGGCACUCAGUGCGGCAGCAGGCCACGUGCUGUGUGGUUGUGCAAAAUCUGCAGGGAACAGCGAGAGGUGUGGAAGAGGUCUGGUGCCUGGUUCUUUAAAGGAUUCCCUAAACAAUUCCUUCCUGCGCCCAUGCCGUUAUCCAAACCGAAAGCAGCAGAGCUCAAAGGGCCAAAAGCUUUCGAACCCAAGGAGGAAGCAACUCAACAACCUGGAGCGGAGCCAAAGGGCCGUGCGGGUUACCCACCUGUGGCCCCUAAGCCCUCGGCUGGGCGAAUGACCACAGGCAGUGCUGGCCCUGAAGAGGCUGGGCAGGCAAGCCCUGUGGCGAUGAAGAGGAUGGUACCUGUUCAAAGCACCAGACCGCAGCCUAGUGUCACACCCUCUGUGGCUCCACAGGGCACCGUGGGACGAGAUGGAGGCGCUUACUCUUCUGGUGCAAUCCCUUCAGAGCAGAGAGCGCCUCCUGCUGUAGGACAGGAGAGGAGGCAGCCGGCGGCCUACAGUGCUCCUCCCACUCGACAUCAACCUCCUCCGCCUGAGGAGGAAGAAGACGUCAACGACUAUGACUCUGAUGAAGCCACCACUCUGGGCUCUCUGGAGUUCAGUCUGAUGUACGAUCAGGAGAGCAACAGCCUUCACUGUAGCAUCCUCAAAGCAAAGGGCUUGAAACCAAUGGAUUCAAAUGGACUGGCAGAUCCUUAUGUCAAGCUUCACCUGCUUCCUGGGGCAAGCAAGUCAACAAAGCUGCGCACAAAAACCUUGAGGAACACUCGCAACCCGGCGUGGAAUGAGACACUCACCUACCAUGGCUUGACCGAUGAAGACAUGCAGCGCAAGACCCUCAGGCUGUCCGUGUGCGACGAGGACAAGUUUGGCCACAAUGAGUUCAUUGGGGAGACCCGAGUGGCGCUGAAGAAGCUGAAGCUGAACCAGAAGAAAAACUUUAACGUGUGUCUGGAGAGAGUUGUCCCUACAAAGAGAACUGCAACAGCCGGUGGAGCUCGAGGCAUCUCUCUCUACGAAGAUGAGUCUGCAAAAGAUGGCGGAGAGGUUGAGGAACGCGGUCGCGUCCUCAUCUACCUUAUGUACAGCACCCAACAAAACCGCCUCAUUGUGGGUGUUGUGCGCUGCGUUCAUUUGGCCGCUAUGGAUGCUAAUGGAUACUCUGACCCCUAUGUCAAAAUAGUUCUGAAACCUGACAUGGGGAAAAAGGGCAAGUGCAAAACUCAGAUCAAGAAAAAGACUUUAAACCCAGAGUUUAAUGAGGAAUUCAGCUUUGACAUUAAACACAGUGAACUGGCCAAGAAGACCUUGGACGUCUCCGUGUGGGAUUAUGACAUCGGGAAGUCCAACGACUACAUAGGUGGCUGUCAGCUAGGCAUCACUGCCAAAGGAGAGCGGCUAAAACACUGGUAUGAGUGUUUGAAGAACAAGGACAAGAAGAUUGAGCGCUGGCACACCUUGGUGAACGAAAACCACACCGCUAGUGAUUAACAACCUGUAACAAACACAGCAUGAGCUAAAAACAUCCUCUUAUGGUCUGUAUUCACUUCCUUGUGCACCUUUUCUAUACGGCAUUCUUUUGAUUUGAUUUCACUCGACAGUUGACACUGCUCUUAAUCGAUACUCAAUCCACCGAGGCUAUGUCCACAGACACACAUGUAAUUUUAAAAACAGACUCCAGGGUAAAAAAAAAAAAAAAAAAAAAAUCAAA